AUGCUCUUUUACAACUACCGCAAACACCUCUUUGACCCCUCAGCCCCACAGCGAAACGGGACAAACUCCCAAGGUAAAACCCAAGGUAAACGGGGGGGGCAAGCGUCUGGACUCGGCAACCCCCCUUGGGGACAAGCCGCCUCCGCCCGCCUUCACCACAGGGCUGGUGCGGGGCCGCGCCGCCAUUUUGGGGCUCGGGGCCAUGGCUCCCCUCAGGCGGCGGCGCGGCUGGGGGCGGCUCCCCCCGCUCGCCCGCAGCUCUUCCUCCUCGCCGGCGGGGCAGGAGGGCACCGCUCCCGGCCCCGGAGGCUCCCUGCCCCGCCGUGCCAGGGCUUCCAGGCGGGGCAAGGGGGCAGGCGCAGCCCCGGCGGCCGCAGGAAGGGGAGGGAGGCGGCCGCCGCCAUCAUGCGUGCGCUGCCGGGGCUGGGGCGGCUGCUGCGGGCGGCGCGGGGGUGGGGGCGGCCGCCGCGCCGCUGCCUCAGCGCCAUGGCCCGCUACGGCACGGAGCAGCGGGGGCGGCCCAACUCUCCCGAUUACCGCCUCUACUUUAAGAAUGGAGAUGGUAAAUACAUUUCCCCAUUUCAUGACAUUCCACUUUUUGCUGCAGCUAAAGAGGAUAAAGAGAUUCCUGCAAAGAGGUCAAAGACUACAGCGAGCGAGGUCCUGUUUAAUAUGGUCGUAGAAGUGCCUCGCUGGACGAACGCAAAAAUGGAGAUUGCCACUGAGGAGCCGUUGAAUCCCAUUAAGCAAGAUACAAAGAAAGGCAAGCUCCGAUACGUGGCAAAUAUCUUUCCUCACAAGGGUUAUAUAUGGAAUUACGGUGCCCUCCCUCAGACCUGGGAAGAUCCAAACCAUAAAGAUGACAUUACAGGAUGUUGUGGGGAUAAUGAUCCUAUUGAUGUUUGUGAGAUCGGUUCAAAGGUUCGUUCUUCUGGUGAGAUUGUUAAAGUGAAGGUGUUGGGUGUUUUAGGUAUGGUUGAUGAAGGAGAGACAGAUUGGAAGAUAAUUGCCAUCGGUGUGGAUGACCCGGAAGCCCAGAAUAUUCACGAUAUUGAUGAUGUCAGGAAGCACAAGCCGGGUUACCUUGAGGCUACGAUCGAGUGGUUCCGGUUAUAUAAAGUUCCUGAUGGUAAACCAGAAAAUGGGUUUGCAUUCAAUGGAGAAUUUAAAGGCAAGGAUUUUGCUGUUGAAAUUAUUAAAUCCACUCAUGAAUACUGGAAAGCUUUGCUUCAUAAAAAAGCUGAUGGAGGCACCAUUAAAUGCACGAAUGUUCUGGUGAGUGGCAGCCCAUUUUGUUGCAGUGAGGAGGAUGCCCGAUCAAUCGUGCAGUCGGCACCAGUGCCUGUGAAUGGAGAUCCUGUUUCCCCAGAAGUUGAUUCCUGGUACUUUUUCCCCAAGUGAUCAUUGAAGCGUUCUGAAGCCACGUCUCCAAAUCUUAAGUCAUCCUGUUUUUGAAGACAGGCAAAUGCACUAAUUGUGGGCUGAGAUAACUUUUUGAAUUGUGUAAACCUUUUCUCAUGUAAAUAAACAUUGGCAUUAUAAAUUAA